AUGGGAGCGCCAUCUCAAGGACAUCGUCCACGAACCGAGUCGAGAGGCUCAAUACAAAGCGUACCCACGCAACAAAGCCUCGAUGCUGCCUCGUUCGAUGGCAACUCCAUGUACGCAAAUUCGUGGAUGCACGACCGAUCACAUCACAGGGAGCUGGCGCCUGCCUCGGGCAGCAUGUCUCAGAUGACUGCGCAUAACAUGUCCACCGAGGAUAUGAUGCUUCAGGCUGCUCCUCAUCUGCAACCGGGUCGCACAUACUCUAUGGACUCGACAAUGAGCUCAAUGAACCACUCUAUGUCUUAUCAGGGCCACUCCAAUGUGAUGCCACAACAAAGCCUGAGCGCACAUAGUAGCUUUAUGGAUAUGGAUAGCCAUUCGAUCGACCGCGACGAUCAGAUGGAUGGCGACUCGGUCACUGGAGCGACGGGAACGCGCAAGGGCACGCGAUCCAGCGCGAAUAAUGAACUCGAAAUGCGCCAACUCUACAUGCAGAACAAGGAUCGGGCACUGGCCGACAUUGCCCGCGAGUUGCAGGGAAACGAGCGUGGUCCACAGUCAGAGCGCCAGCGCCAGGCUUUUGCUAUGCUCUGGAUUGCCCAGGUUUGCUCCAAGGGCAAGAGCUCUGUGCCCAGGGGCAGAGUAUACGCCAACUACGCGUCAAAAUGUGCAAGCGAGAGGGUCACCGUCCUCAACCCCGCUAGCUUCGGCAAGCUUGUCCGCGUUAUAUUUCCCAAGCUGAAGACUCGUCGAUUGGGCGUGCGCGGAGAGUCCAAGUAUCAUUAUGUCGACUUCAUGAUGAACGACGAACAACCCGAUAUUCGAGAGGAUUCGGCAGUAAUUCAGGUGCCUUUAGCAGAAAGCGUCCCGAAUUUCAAUGCGCGACCAACCGACUCGAGUUCAUGCACAACAGCACGCGCUAUAUUGCCAUCCCCGGACGCUCAGCAACCUUCAGAACCACGAAUUACCCGCAGCCGUAGUCGGAGAAACCGAUUGAAUCUUUUCCGAAACCCAAGGCCGGCAAAUAUUGACGAGCUAAACCUCCCCGCAGACAAGAUUGAGCUAGAACCGUUUCUAUCAGAACCGACAACAACUUGCUCGACGCAAGAUCCACUGCCUCUGCCAAAGAUUGAAUCAUUUCUACCUCCGGGGACCGAUCGCGAUGCAGCCAAGUCGCUCGAGGCGCUUUACCUGUCUCACUGCACCUCGUUGGUCGAAUGUGUUCGCUUCUGCCGAGAGAAAGCCUUCUUUCAUCUGUAUACAUCGUUUCUCGGAACGCUGACGAUGCCCGUACAACGACUGUUUGCGCACCCCGACAUAGCACAGUGGAUCGAGGAGUGCGACUUUGUGCUCUACCAGCGAAUGAUGCGUAUAUUGCACGGAUUAUCGCUGCAAGUUGUUCCAAAGCCGGUGCUCGAUGCCAUGCGCAACAUCUCGGACCGCCUGGUGCCACGCAUCCGCGACGCUUUUCAGGGACAGCCCCCACACGUCAUGAGGGCUAAGGAGGCUCCGGCAGUCAUCUUCGCUGCUCUUCUGGACAGGGAGCUCCGGGUCAACCUGGCUGCACAUGCAGCAGCCAACAUGCUGGCGCAUGCACCGAAUCGCAAUGAGAUGUAUCAAGAUUUCAUCACACUGCUGAGUUAUCGCAAGAUCGCCGAGAAUGUUCCCAGGCGAGCAAUGGAUGAGGUCGCUGAUAUCCUGCUAAAGGAGAUCAGAGAUCUUAUUGCUCCGGCUGAGAUCGAUUGGUAUGAGGUUGAAAGCAAGACCACGCACGGUGCCUGGUUGGCGGUCAACGGAGGACCGCCGAUUCCGAAGGCGCCUGAAGCGGACACCACUCGCGUUCUGGACUUGUGGCUUGCAUUUUUGCGCUCCCUUCCCAGCAGGUUUCCCUAUGCCUCAGCAUCAGACAUUGUCUGCUACCUGGACCGCGUAGGGUCAGCCAUCAUGAGAGAUCUGACCAUUUGCGCGGGCAAGAGCUUCGGCACUUGGUGGGUUACCAAAUGCUGGAUCGACGAGAUGAUGUCGUUUGAAUCAGAGCUGGGCGGCUUCCUGAGGAUGACAUCGACCAAGAGCGUCUCGGCCGAGGAGGCCCAAAAGUCUUAUGCAUCAGACAACAGGGAAACCAGCGUGCAGGAGUCGACCUUGGGACGAGCCAGCGAGGAACAUCAUGGUCUUUCGCAAUCUCAGCCACAGCCUGACCGUGCCCCAUUUCCAGGCUGCAGCCCAGCAAAUGGGCCACCAGAAGACGCCUCGACGAGUAUGAAUCCCGACGAUAGCGGGAUAGGCAUUCGAACUCCAGAUGAGGACUUUCCAAUGGACAGCAUCAAAUUUGACUUUCCUCCAGAGCCGACCUCCUUAGCUACACAUGGAACAGAUACACCAGUCACCCCAUCAUAG